GCAGCAGGAGUCACGCGUUGUUUCUCUUCGAGAGAACAAAUAUGGCGGAUGAUGGAGAGUCAUUGGAGUCUUGGCUUAAUAAAGCCACCAAUCCCUCCAACAGACAGGAAGACUGGGAGUACAUAAUGGGUUUCUGUGAUCAAAUUAAUAAGGAGCUCGAAGGUCCUCAGAUAUCUGUCAGACUGCUGGCACACAAGAUUCAGUCCCCUCAGGAGUGGGAGGCAAUGCAAGCACUAACGGUUCUUGAAGCAUGUAUGAAAAACUGUGGACGACGAUUUCAUAAUGAAGUUGGAAAAUUUAAGUUUUUAAACGAGUUGAUAAAGGUGGUCUCACCCAAAUACCUAGGAGACAGAGUUUCAGAUAAAGUAAAGACGAAGGUCAUAGAAAUGCUGUAUACUUGGACUGUGUCUCUUCCUGAUGAAGCGAAGAUCUGUGAGGCCUAUCAGAUGCUGAAAUCCCAGGGUAUUGUUGUAGUUGACCCUGAAGUCUCCCUGAAUGCCACAUUAAUCCCCUCACCUUCUCCACGUCCCAAGAAUCCUGUAUUUGACGAUGAGAAAAAGAGCAAGAGAUUAGCAGAACUUCUGAAAAGCAAAAAGCCCGAAGAUCUUCAAGAGGCAAAUCGGCUCAUCAAGAACAUGGUGAAGGAGGACGAGGUGCGAUCACAGCGAGCCACAAAGCAAAAAAGCACGCUGGAGGCUGUCAGCAACAGUGUGAAACUCCUUAGUGAAAUGCUCGCUCACUUCAGCCCAGAAGACUCCACUGAGGAAGAUAAGGAGCUUAUAAAGGAAUUAUACAAUGACUGUGACAAGCUCAGACAAACAGUAUUUAAACUGGCUACUGAGACCGAGGAUGAUGACAGCAGCUUGGGAGAGAUCUUGCAGGCCAAUGAUGACCUCUCCAGUGCAAUUAAUUCCUAUAAGAAGAUAGUUGAAGGGCAGUCCAUCAGCGGAGACUCUGACUUUGCACAAGGGACUCAGACUCCAGCCACACAAGGCUCUGCAGGCACAAACAAGUCAGAGAUCCUUAUUGACCUGGUGGGUCUUGACGCCAAGAGUCCUUCUCAGCCCAAACACGAACCUCAAGCAUCUUCUCUGGUUUUUUCGGGCGACUUGCUUUGCGGAUCGACGACCACCGAGCUUCAGUCCAAGUCUGCAGCUGCACCCUCCGCUGCCCUCUCCCUGCUGGACGAGGAGCUGCUAUCUCUAGGCCUUAAUGAUCCUGGGCCUGUAGUCAAUGAAUCAAGCACCUCAAAUCAGAGCAAUCAUUUACCACCUUCACAGGACUCCGGUCAAGAUUUGGCUCUUUUCGACUCCAGUUUGUCUCCUGCCUUUGAUGCACUUUCAGCACCUUCGCUGUUUCAACAAGCCCUCUCUACAACACUAGCGCCAGUGACUUCAACCAGAACAACUACAACUUCCUCUGCCUCCAACUUCCCCGCCCCCGCCUUUUUCACGCCUCCAGCUGCUACGGCUUCAGAUUUGCCAGCGUCGGUCAUAUUCCCACCGCCGCUCGGCUUGGCGCUGACCGCCUCGGUGCCGGCAGGGCCUUCACCUUCACACAGCGCGACCGCACCAGCCUUCUCUACCGGACGUCAGCAUGUCUCCUUACCUGGGGUCUUCCAGCCCGCUGUAUCCUCUCUCAGUCACAAUUUACAAGACCUCGCAAUGCUGGAUCUGGGCGGGAGUGAUAAUCACAGUGGAACGUCGACUUCAGCGAUGACGACUGGGAUGCAAGGGUGGUCUACUCCUCCAGCCCUCCGAAGUCACCCAGACGACAGCCCUCUGCUGCGCUCCUUGUCUCCCAUUCAGCCCAUGAGCCAGGCAAGUCCAAGCAAAGGAGGCGAGGUUUCCCUGGCUGCUGUUUUUGUUCCUCUGGAGGCCAUCAAACCAAGUACGCUCUGUCCUGUGACGGCGUAUGACAAAAACGGAGUCCGUGUCCUGCUCCAUUUUGCCUCCGACUGUCCCCUCGGGAGGCCCGAUGUUCUGGUGAUGGUGGCGUCGAUGCUCAACACCGCCCCACAGCCUGUUAGGAACAUAGUUCUCCAGGCUGCUGUACCCCGGACGAUGAAGGUGAAGCUGCAGCCGCCCUCCGGAGCAGAGCUGGCCCCUUUCAAUCCAAUUCUUCCUCCUGCUGCCAUCUCUCAGGUCGUGCUGCUUGCCAAUCCUCUGAAGGAAAAAGUUCGGAUGAGAUACAAACUGAUGUUUACGCUGGGAGAGCAGUCCUUCACAGAAGUGGGGGAGGUGAACGACUUUCCACCUGCUGAUCGAUGGGGGGCUCUAUAGUUACAUUUUCUCAUUAUUUUAAGAGCCGUCUUUUGCAGUUUUGUGUGUCGGUGCAAAGCUAAAAAAGACUUCAAAUUAAAAAGGUUUAGUUAAAUACAAACUUGAAUAAACCAUGACGGGUUAAAGAUGGUCCAGUAAAGACAGCAUCAAAGUUCGACCUGUGAUUACAAACCAGUGUGACCUGAUAUCUGAAUGUGGAUAAUGGUGUUGAAGUCAGUCAUUAAUUAUAAUUAAAUUAAUAUUUUUCUUUUAAUUUAUUUUUAAUAUUUAAACCUGUUUGUGUCAUCUGACUGAACUGAACAACAAAACAAGCAAAAUGUUCUCAUUUUUGAUAUUUCCAGUUAAACUCUGGCAUCAUGUGUGAUUAAUGCAGGUGAAUAAAGGUCCAGAGAUAAACAGGUUUAUUUUAAGGUUUUAACAGAGACUUGACUUCUGGGGUUUACACUUCUAUGGUUUUCAGUAUUCUCAUUACGCAUUUGAUUAAUUUGUGAAUGGAAGAAUCAUAUCUGUUAACAUUCCAGACAAAAACCCAAACAAACUGUGCCGUUAGUCUGCAUUCUCGCCUGACAGAAAUGGGGUUCGGUGCACCUUAUUUUCACCAGAUGUUCUGACAUGUAUGCGUUUUUAACCAACCUUGAAGAGGAUCUGCUUACAGGAAAUAAGGAGCUGCUAGAAUCAUACUGUUUAAAAUCAAUACAACAGCAUGAAUAUUGUACAUUUUCUUCUGCCGCUGCUGUUAAAUGAUGUGGAAACUCAGCUAAGGAGUUAGAUCAGUGUGUGUGGGAGCUUCAAAUUAGAAAUGUUUUGCUCUUUUGUUAUUUAUGUCCUAAAACAAUAAAAUAAAUAGGGUUUUUUUGUGAGUAAGAGGGUAUUUAAAAACAUUAAAUCUGUCGGUGGUAUAUACAACUUUCUUUACAUAUUUCUUUUAAAAGUAUUUAUUUGGGGUUGUUGAAUUGUCAUUGCAUAUUUUUGAGAAGCUUUUUCUGUGCAUGGAAACAAUAAAAGAGAUGAAUCUAUUUGUACUAUA